UCCCCUAUAGGGGUGGCAGGCGAAUCCCCGCUUGCGGAGGGUGCCGAGGCAGGGGCUGUCGGGCAAAGUGCGCGGGCUGCGGUCCAGGCCACCCCCCUCCCCGCCAAAGCCAUGGCUUCCAAACUCCUGCGUGCGGUCAUCCUCGGGCCGCCCGGCUCGGGUAAGGGCACCGUAUGCCAGAGGAUCGCCCAGAACUUUGGCCUCCAGCAUCUCUCCAGCGGCCACUUCUUGCGGGAGAACCUCAAGGCCAGCACGGAAGUUGGUGACACGGCAAAGCAGUACCUAGAAAAAGGUCUUUUGGUUCCAGAUCAUGUGAUCACACGCCUAAUGGUGUCAGAACUGGAGACCCGGAGCUCCGAACACUGGCUGCUAGACGGGUUCCCGAGGACAUUAGUACAGGCAGAAGCCUUGGACAGAAUCUGCGAUGUGGACCUUGUGGUCAGUUUGAAUAUUCCUUUUGAGACACUUAAGGAUCGUCUGAGCCGACGAUGGGUCCACCCUUCUAGCGGGAGAGUCUAUAACCUGGACUUCAACCCGCCUCAGGUGCAGGGGGUUGAUGACGUCACUGGUGAGCCACUUGUCCAACAGGAAGAUGAUAAACCUGAAGCAGUUGCUGCCAGGCUACGACGAUACAAGGAUGCGGCGAAACCAGUCAUUGAACUGUACAAGAGCCGCGGAGUGCUCCACCAGUUUUCUGGGACGGAGACUAACAAAAUAUGGCCUUAUGUUUACACGCUUUUCUCAAACAAGAUCGCACCUAUUCAAUCCAAAGAAGCAUACUGAGCCUGCCAUUGGAAGAACCAAGAAGACAUGGUCGUUCACUCAAUCAUGCGUGUAGUUCUGGUGCCCUGGCCAAAUUAGAAGCUAGCCGAGAUAGCGUGCAGCAUCUUUUCUAGUUUAAGUGAUGAAGUAAUGAGGCAAAUCUAGUGGGUAGAAAGAAUUCAUGAAGAAGAAACCCUCCUGCCUUUGAAAAGAAGGUAUCGCUCUGCAGGUGCAUCACGCCCUUCAUGGGAGAGUGAGUACAGACUGGGUUUCCACCAGUGUUGAGCCUGCACUAGAUGGGUUGACAGCCACGUGCUGCCCUCAUAGCCUCUUUGCAUGCGAUGGUGGAGGUAUCUCUGGUUCCUGCCACCUUCCACAGGCUGUUGAACCACAGCACUGUCAGCCUGAGAACUUGAAGGGCUGUGGUCCCAGCUUGUCCUCUGCCAUACCCUCUUGAUGACAAUUGAAUAGAUGCUGACUGUGCUCAGUGACUGCUUCUCCACAGUGACCGUUUCUCCCUCCAAUCUUAGACACCCUAGUUCCUGCUGACUCUGUCUUCUCUCGUCUGCUUGCUCCCUCCACAGGCGAUUCAGUAACAUGAUAGUUUCUGCCUUUAUCCCUCUAACUUCCUCUUUCUACAAACUGAGAACCAGGGGACUGGAUUCAGUCCCUUCAUACUGGGAUCUCAGCCAGGCAGAAAGCUUACUUGGUUAAACAGCUGCUCUGACUGUCUUGAACCUUACUCUGUACCUUUUAUUGUUUAAAAAAAGAUUCCCCAAAGUCUUUGGGAAUUCUCAAAAAAAACAAGGGAAAUGCUCACUUAAGGAAAUGUGGGGUGAUCGUAUCUUCUGCGUAGAUGUAGUAAUCGUAUGGAAAUCACUGGACUAAUGAGAUGGUUUAGGCUUCCUUAGUCAAGGCAAGAUGAAUAUUGAACAUGCUGCUAAAUAUUAAUGCUGACAGUGUUUGUCUUCUGUGAGUGAUCCAAGCAGAUGGUAAGACGUCAGUAAAGGGAACAAGCCUGUGGGCUUGGAGCGUCUUGCACUAGAUGUACAUUGCGCCUGCACUGAGAAAGACGGCUUUACCAUUAUGGGAACGCAGAGUCUUUGUUUUUUUCUGAUUCCAAAGAUGCAGUCUAUAGGUGGCCGUAAAGUCCAGAAAUGAAGAUGCUAAUAUUUUAUCAAUCAUCAUGUCAAUAAAGCAUUUGUUAAAAGACGUCCCCGGUUUCCAGACUUGUUGGCCACCUUGUAUAUAAUUCUUACUCUUCUUUUGGAAGAAUGAGGAAAUUUCUUCCCGCUGCCUUAAAAAGGUGUCCUGCACCCGCCUGUCCCCAGGGAGCACCCUUUAUUACUGGUGAUGUAGUGUGACAUCUCCUAGUCUGUGUGGGGGCGGGGUGUGGGGUGGACUUAGCACUUUAGUGGUAUUGAAACGUUACAUUCUGAAGGCGUCCUGUGAAUCCCCAUUCCAGUCACUGCCGUCCGCAUAUCCUGUGUGCUCAUGAGUGUCUUCCUCGCUGUACUGCCCGGACGCCUGUGGUCCUUCUCAGUUGUCCUGCCAUGUGCACGUUCUUUGUCUGCCUUAGUGGAAAUGCAGGCCAGCAUCCCUCAUGCUGUCCACACAGAGAAGUCGGAUUGUUAACUAGGUAAGCUUCUGAAGUGCAGGCGCUGCCUGGCCCAGGUCUAUGACACUUUGGAAGCUUGCAUUUGGUUGUCACUUGGUAGGGGUCAGGAGAAACAGAUAAAGGCCCAGGCUUCCUGGGGAAGCAGGUCAGGUAUGGGAAACUGUACAGUUUAGAGGAGGAUCACCCUGAGAUGAUUCCCACAAGCCAAGGGAAGUAGAGAGUUAAAGGAAUUCUGGGUAACUUGGGGGGGGGUGGCUAUCUUACAGUUUCUUUCUUCACCUCUUGUAGAUAUCGGGAAGAGCAAUAGGGUGUAACCAGACCCCUGCCUGCACACUCUGUUGCUCCCUCUUUUUUUCUUUGCAUUUCAAGGUCACUGUACUAUGGUAGCCACCAUGGGACACUAGAGGUCAGGAGUGUCUGUCUUCUGGUGAGACCAGCAAGGGGCAAAAACCCAUCUUUUCCAAAGUCUGCUGAUUCUCAUGUCCAUUGACCUAAAAAAAAAAAAAAAAAAAGACCUGGUUUUCUGUACCCGACUCGCGUGUUCUUUUCUAAGCGAUUUUGUAGAAAGAGCGUUAAUACUGAAACUGUCUUGAUAAAGGUGGAGUGAAAGGGGCAUCUUCUCCUUCCUGGGCCUCGCAUGCCUUGGCUUCAGUGGGGGUGGCUCCUGAGACUCCCGUCUGACUUGAAUCACAGACUCCACCUGGCUCUUCUGUUUGCUUCCCACAAUCCUCUUGCUUAGAGCUUGGAAAACCCUGCAUGUUCGUUCCUUCAGUCUUCUAACAAAAAGGUGCUAUGAAGGAGGCCUUCUGAGGGGACUGUGCACUCUCAGGACCUCUAUAAGCAUCUUGGCGACUCUUCCCGGCAUCCCCUGAGGUGGACACAGACAAGGAGUCCAGGUUAUGAAGUCUUGCCCAGGCUCUUGAUACAAGUAAACAGUGCAGCUAUGACUCAGUUCCAGGCUUUCCUGCUUCAGAAACCACAGCCUUUUAUUGGACGUUAGCUGUCCGUGUGGCCUUAAGCAACCCAGGACCAUGAAUGAGCCUGGUUAGGUCUGCUUGUGGGCUCAGGAAGAGUGGCAGACGUCAUUUGGAGUGGCUGCGGGAGACUUUUUACCCUCUUUGCUUAAGCAAAGGAAGUUGCUGGAAGAGUCCUCUUAAAUACAAGGCACCGAGGCAGGCUGGAUUCAGACCCAGGCGGAUGGGCCUCUAUUGCAGGUGUCAGGAAGCCAUGAAGCCAUAUGAAGAAAGCCUGCAUCUAUUAAACUGUGAAAGUUAGCCAUAAAUGCCACUCUUAAUUUUUGGUGUGGCACACUGCACAGUUCUUGCCAGAAUAAACGCCAUCACCUGUGCCUCAGGGCACCCCUUGGUUUGACCAUCCAGUCUGUAGUUGGGUGUGAAGGGGAGAGGCUGAGCCAUUGCCCAGAUGGCAAAGGUUCACAUGUGACAUUGAUAGAGACUAGUGACGGACAACUAUAGGAAGUCAACACAAAGUUCUUGUUUAGAAUCCUUGAAAGGAUCAUCACCUCCCUGGGCCUGGGGAACAGGGAAGAAAACGGACAUCUUGGUCUUUGUGGGAACUACAAGCAAUGUCAGGGCUCCAGGCUCUUUUCUAGUUUUAUGAGAGUUUGUACUACUGAAUUUUAUUUUUGUUUCUGAGAUGAAUAGGUUCCUAGGGGGAAUAUAUUCAACUCUGAUGGCAUUUCACUGUGACCCCCUCCAAAGUUCAAGGCAGUCUUCUAACCCAGUACCACCUGUCUGUCUUUGGUUCACUGGCCUGUGAAAAAUGGCGGCUUAAGUUUCCCAGGAGCCAACAGGUCAUCUUCUCUUCAAUGUGAUAAUUGGUGUUCUUGAUUUUGGCAUAUAUGCUUAAUUCAGAGUAUCUGAGUGUGUUCUGUGUAUGCUAUCCUAACUAUUCAUUGUUUUAAUUGAUUUUUUUGUUAUCUUGCUUGAAGAUUGAUUUGUAUUCAAUUUGUUAGGAAUAAAUGUUUUUCUGCUUAA